AAGAAAAAAUGUCAGAAAAUAAGAGUCCAGUUGAUGAAACCACAACAAUUGAAAUCCAUGUUCAAUCUCAGGAUGGAUCAAUUAUCAUUUUUAAUGUGUCACCUGAUACAAUUAUCAAGAAAAUCUUCAUGAUAUACUGUAAGAAAAAACAAAUGGAUUACAAAACAGUUCGAUUUCUCUUUGAUGGAAAACGUGCUUCACCAACAAAGACUAUUGAUGAAAUUGGGUUAAAGAAUGGUGAUCAGAUUGUUGUUGUGUUGCACCAAGAUGGAGGAGGAUUCACAAAUUAAAUAUGAAGAAGAACUACAUAUCACACAUGAAUAUGUUGUACUUUUCUAAUUUAUGUUUUUUACUAGAAUUUUAAUUUCGAAAUUAUGUACUUUGGUUUUUUUACUAAAGACAAUUUGGAUGUCAUGCGUCUAUGUUGAUCAUGAAUAUGUACUUUAUGAUUCACCAAGCAAUACAAAGUACUUAAAUUUGAUUAUGUGAAUUCAAGAGGGCUAA